AUGCCAUUCGCGUUCAACGGUCAGCCGCCUGCUCUGCAGCAGAACAACAACAACACCUCUUCGCCCUUCACGUCCUUCACUCCCACAGGGCAAUCUCCCGCGUCAUCCUUCUCGGCCACUACACCGCAAGCUGGGUUCUGGGCAGCGUGCUCGACACAGUCUUCAGUGACGGGGCCAGGCAUGAGAAGUCAGCAAGCUCAGGGACCUCCCCUCUCUUCGCCAUCCCACGAGCAGGACCUUGUCGCUGAGGAAGCUCGAGUCUUGUCGACUUCACCAUCAAGCGACGCCUUGUCACAUGGUCUACAGCGGCUACUGACUGAUCGUCCGGCGGACUUCAGUGAUCGGGAGAGGGCGGUCGAUCGCAUGCUGCAGGAGUAUCUUUCGGAGCUUGGUGGCUUGGAAGGAAAACAGCUUAUAGCCAAGGGUCUGCAUGAAAUAAGGAUGGUGGGCGACACAUUUGCGAUCCGACACCUCAUGAGCUUCUUGACGGAGGAAGUGUUGCGUCUGCAGGGGCCAAUCAAGCCACGCAUCCCUCCGCCUCGAAGCAUGCAUGGUGAACACCAUGUCCAGCAGUCGUCGAUGACAAGCUCAAGCGCACAGAGACACCGUCCUCUACAAAAGCCACUCUCGAUCGAGGAUGAGUCUGAAGAUGAAUAUCAAGGGUCCACGACAUCUGAGAUCGAAUCGUUCCGCUUCAUGGGUCUCCCAGCCGAGCUCCGCGUUCGGGUCUAUCGUGUGCUAUUGUCACCUAUUGGCUUUGUUGAAGGUCGCAACGACAACGAGAUCUAUACGGCCAUCGUGCGCACCACGAAGCAGAUCCAUCACGAAGCUCGAGCCAUGCUUUAUGAUAACACAUUCUACGUGAAGAUGAACAUCCGACUCGGCGCCAACUCGCUGUUCGAGCGCAGCUACGUUACAGACGUCGGUCUAGGUCUGCUAGAGAAGGCUAUUAUCCUGCUAGACUUGACCCACAUCCACAGCACAAACAACAACGUCUUCGACCACGUUGAUUGGCGCCCUUUACAGGCCAUGGCUCGCUUGAAGGAAGUGCGUCUAUUCUCCAUCGAUCAUAAGAGUUCCGCAAGCGGCCCUGAGCGCGUUGCGGCAAUGAUGGAGCGUGUGAUGGAGCGAAUUCCGAAGACGUGCGUGGUCCGUUACGGUAAGGCGUCCUUGAUGGAUUACGAUGCGCAGCAGGAUGCGACGGAGAUUGCAAGUCAUAACGAUGAUCGCGACCCGAUCGAGAUCGACGACGGUCUGCUGGCAAGAUGCGGCAAGGAUGUUGAGGGCUCACAGGGUAGCAAAUCUGGACCCACGAGGGACUAUAGGUACCCGGAGAAGCAAGCGUUCGCUCUGAAGCCGCUGUUCGCAGAGCACGGCUGUUCUUCAAUGGACGACAGCAUUGUGCUGGGUAGAUAG